AGUCGAUUUCAUGGCAGCUGCCCGGCUCCCGGAAGCGGAAUCGCUGCCUGAUGGGUUCACCGUAGGGGAGGCAUCCUCCUCGUCGCAAUCCCUGGCUGGCCAACUCCUCCCGGCUCUGCCGGAUGGAUUCUCCGAGGUCUCGAAUUCGCAGCAAAAUGCGCCACCGGCGCCGCCGCUCCAGCUAGACGAUUCUGGCCCCUACGUGCCGUCGCCCCGCGGUCUCGGCAGUCCCUCGCGCAAGGAGCAAAUGGUGGACGAUGUAGCGGUGUCCACGACAGAGAUGGGCGAUUUUUCGGUUGACUUGAGGGCGGAUAAAGAAGCUGAAAGGCUGCGGAGAUUUCCAGUUCCACUCUCUGAUAAUUCUCUUCCAAGUAGCAACGCGGAGAGCAAUGGAGAGGAGGUUUUGGUGAAGGAUGGAACGUUUGCAGGAUUUUCGGAAGCUUCGAAAUCGCGGAAGUGUCGAAUGAAGGAAAUCAAGCUCUUGUUGGAGUCUACAGACAAGAAUGCCGAGGAGAAACUGGAGCUGCUACAAACGAAGUACUUCCAACAGUUGGUUGAGAUAGAGCAGCUUGAAAAGGAGUCUGGUGUUCUACGCCAGAAGCUCCUUCUAGAGAAUGCCAACAGAGCUGCUUUGUCUGGCGAUUUAAAUAAGAGCGUUCUAAUUCGUCAAAAGUUGGAAUCAUUGUGUCGGGAGCUUCAACGGCAAAACAAGAUCCUUUUGGACGAGAGCAAGAAGAUUGCCUCAGAGGAACAGCAGCGACGACAGGAGCUGUCAACUAAGUUUCAUAACACGAUCAAGGAAAUAUCAUUGAAACUGGAUGAACAAGGCGACGACCGGAUACGGCAGGUCAAGGAAAAUGAAAUAUUGCGUGAGAAGCUCAAGCACUUCACGCAGCAAUACGAAGUAAGAGAGGAGCAUUUCUCUCACCAGCUCCGGACAAAGGUGCUUGAACAUCAGCUUUUGGAAGUAAAGCUGAAGCAACAGCAGGAACGUUUCGUACAGGAAGAAGCGAAAGCACGAGCUUAUACCGAGCAAAUUUCACAGCUGCUGUUAACAGAACAAGAUCUCCGUUCGCAGCUGGCGCUCUACGGUGACAAGUUUGAGCAGUUUCAGGACACACUGACUAAGAGUAAUGAGGUGUUUGCGUCCUUCAAACAAGAGAUGGAAAAGAUGUCUAAAACGAUAAGGACGUUGGAAAAGGAAAACCUCUCGCUCAAAAAGAAAUGCCAACAAUGUGAUGUAUCUCUCAUUGAGCUCUUGGACGAGCGUGGCUCGCUGAAGAAGCAGCUUGAGACGACCACAAACCAAAAGAAGAAGCUUGAGGCACUCUGCAGGAUCCUUCAAGCCGAAAGAAAACAGCCAUCCAGCGUUACCGGUUCUCCCUCCCCGGAGCCAGAGAUGGUACAGGAUCCUGGGACGUGAGAAGAUCCACCUGGGGAGAGAGGUCGUGCUCCUCGCAAGCACAAUGCCAGCGAGAAAGAAGGAGAGAUACGUUGCCCCGAGCUGGCUAUUUUGGAAAUAAGUCUGCCCGCUUCCAGCAAUUAUUCUGGUGAAAGCCGACAACUUGGAGGCCCCCUCCCCGUUCACUUCGAUCCAUCCAGCUUGUGAAACCCGGUUGCGUCUGAGCAAAGGCACCACAGAGAAGUCCAGAGAAGAUGGCUUGGCUGGCCGGGAUGGAGAUUGGCAAGGGAGCUACAAAAAAACUCCAGAGCGGGGAUCUUCCUGGAAGUUUGAGACGAAGAACGUGUUACACCCCCAAGUAAGCUUUGCUUUCAGCACAGUUUCAAAUGAAAUCGAUCUCUUGCACAAAUUGCGAGAUCAUGGAACGUGAUCGCCAUGAUGUUUGUUCCAGCGCUGGUUAAAAGGUACGAAGAGCUCUAGCACGAGACAAGACCGUGAAGCUUAGAAAAAAGAAAAGCGAGAAAGUAUGUGCUGGCUGGCUGUUUUGGAAGUAAGGCUGCGCGAUCCAGCUCGUAUUUCCAUCGCCCAAUUACACAGUGUAAGCGGACAAGCUGGAAGGAAUCGCCACGCCUCCAUAGCUUAGUUCGCGACUAAAGAGCUUGAUUUUUGCAGUGGAAUUUUCCUCGUUAGAGGGGAAUCGCAAAGAGGUUGUGGACAAAAGAGCUCGCGAGAGAUGGCUUUGGAUUAAGAAGUAGCUGCGCAGCUCUGGUCGCUCUUUCACUCGGCGAUGUCGACAAAAGCUUUGUUUAUGUCUUUGCUCCUGUGAGCUGGCUAAAGAGGAGAUGGGAGAAAUAAAUGUACUGUAGCCAUACGCUGGCCGGUACGUACGAGAGAA